AUGGAGGAGGCCGAUCUGAAGGAAUCCCACCGGCGCAAUGCCCAGCAGUGGAUGACCAAGGGCGCCUUGGUACGCGACGACUCGGACGACGAACUGGGCGACGAAGACCUCCCGUGGGAUUGGAUCUACGAGACAGAAGAAGCAGAGGCCAAGGACGAGCCCGAGGCUACCAAUGGAAGCCCAACCAAAUCUGCCCGUCGCCGCCGCUCCUCCCGACCUGCACGCAAACAACGAACAAUCGUCGGCGCCCGCAUGGGCACCUUCGAGUGCAGAUUGGGCCAGGUCAUGCUGCUCAAGUCCCCCGAGGCCGGAAAGGACUGGGCGGGCAUCAUCACGGAGUUUGUGGAAGAAGAGGACGACGAGGAGGAGGAUGGUGGGGUGCUCAAAUGCGCCAAUAUCAUGUGGUUCGCCUCGCCGGAUGAGUUCAUGUCAACUCGCAACAAGCGCCGGCCGGAUGUGUUGCCCAAUGAGCAGUACCUCACUGCGGAUUUCAAUGUCAAUCCUUUGACAUCAAUCAAUGGCAAAGCGAAUGGGAAGAAUGAGCUCUCGGAGUACAACAAGUGCAUAGUCUGUCGGAGAGGUGUGAAUCAGGUGCAGGGGAGGUACACGGACGAAUUUGUCUGGGAGGAUGUCUACCAGGAGGAUAAGAUCUUUAAUCUCAUUACGAUUAUCAAGGAUGGUCUGAAAGCGGCCCGGAAGCGCAAGACUGCCGACGACACCGAUUAUGUUGAUGUCAAGGAUGAGAAUAGUAUGGCUCCGACUACGCCUCGGAAGAAGCAGAGACUGGCCUCGACGAAUACCACCCCUCGAUCCCAGCGCAAGAAGGCCUUGACUACGCCCACACAUAAGAGGAUUGUCGUCAAGAAACCACUUGAAUUCACUCCACUGGGCACUCGUGUCUUGGAGCCCUCGCAUUUUGCCUCUCCAUAUAAGCAAGCACGCACGCUACUGCAUGUCUCGACUGUUCCUGAAUCGCUGCCAUGUCGAAAGACCGAAUUCGACACGGUCUACAAUCAUCUCAGCGCCGCCAUUAUGGAAGGCACAGGGGCUUGUAUUUAUAUCUCCGGCACGCCAGGAACAGGCAAAACGGCCACCGUGCGCGAGGUCAUCGCGCAGCUCAACUCCGCGGUGCUUGCAGAGGAGAUGGAUGACUUUGUCUUUGUGGAAAUCAACGGUAUGAAAGUGACCGAUCCGCAUCAAUCGUACUCUCUGCUCUGGGAAGCCCUGAAAGGAGAUCGAGUAUCCCCUUCACAUGCACUCGAUCUUCUCGAACGAGAAUUCUCUCACCCAUCGCCCCGUCGUGUGUCCUGUGUCGUCCUCAUGGACGAACUGGACCAGCUUGUUACGAAAAACCAGUCGGUCAUGUACAAUUUCUUCAACUGGCCCGCUCUUCGCCACUCGCGGCUCAUCGUCUUGGCCGUUGCCAACACGAUGGAUCUCCCCGAACGAACCCUCAGCAACAAGAUCUCCAGCCGUCUCGGUCUCACCCGCAUCACCUUCCCGGGAUACCGACAUACCGAUCUGAUGCAGAUCAUCAGCACCCGUCUCGCAAACGUCCCCGGCAACAUAGUCGACCCAGACGCCAUUCAAUUCGCUAGCCGGAAAGUCGCCGCCGUGAGUGGUGACGCGCGCCGCGCGCUCGAUAUCUGUCGGCGCGCUGUCGAAAUCGCAGAACAAUCAGCCGACAAAGACGACCUCGCGAUCGACACCGCAGGGCCCCUGCCUGCAACGCCUUCCAAGACACCAGCACGGCAGAACAAAGCACCCGCCGAAAAAGGAAAGCCCGGUCGUGUGACCAUCGCCACUAUCAAGCAGGCUAUCCACGAAGCAACCUCCACCCCACUGCAACAAUCUCUCCGCUGCCUCCCUCUCUCCGGAAAACUGUUCCUCGCCGCCCUGCUAGCCCGCGUGAAGCGGACAGGCCUCACAGAAUCAUCAUUCGGAGAUGUCCUCGAUGAAGCGCGCCGCAUUGCCGACGCCGCUGUUGCUGUCGCAGGCGCGGCCGGCGCAGGCGUAAAGGGUUUCCUGCUAGGUGAGGGCGCCGGUUCUCGUGUGCGAGCAUUGGCUUUUGCAGCUAUGGAUCUGAUGAACUCUGGCGUGCUGGCUCUGGAGCAAGGCUCCGGAUCAAAAAAUUUACUUGGCGGCUCGACGAUUCCGACGAGGGGAGAUCGCAGCAGUAAAGUGAGGCUGAGGGUUGCGGCGGAAGAUGUUAGGGCUGCGUUUCGGGAGGAUAUCGAGGCUAAGGGGUUUGGAUUGGGUGUUGAGAACUGA